CCUCAGUACGCAGGUGUGUGAGCAGCAGGAGGUGUGCGGAGCGCCAAAGCCAAACUUUUUACGCACCGCGCCGCCGCCGCCGCUUCACCUUCACCCUCCUCUUCCUCUCCGUGGAUUAACACCUGAGCAUCAGCCCGCCGCAGACACCCUCCCCGCCGCUCCAGCAGACGAUGGAUUAACAUUUUUCUCCGGGGGGGAAGCCAUGCUCACACUGUCGGUUCAUCUUGGGUCGCAGCGCCGAGUCCUCGCAGGGAGCCGAUCCGACUUGGAUGCCCUCCAUUCCCGUUUCCGCAUUCCCGCAGCCGCCGUGCGCACUGCAGGCGUGGAGCUCAGAUCCAUGAUCUCGACAGAAAAAACCGGUUCCUCCGGCUAAUCUACCCAACUAUUGCUGGCGGUGCAUUAUGUUUGCAGCCAGAGGACGAGAGGGGAAGCGAGGGACUGAGCGGCUGGUGACACAGACUGUGAGAGGCCGUUUUCAGAGGGGCUGAAGCGCGUCGUAUCGAUCGCUGCUCGGAUCGAUCCUGGAAUAACCGCCGCCGCGCUCCUUCAUGUCCCGGGAUGGAGAGCUGCUGCCGCUCCUGUAUGCCGUGUUUGAGCCGGCUCUGGGACUGCAUUUGGCCCGACUUCCGCUACCCGAACGUCCCAAACCACAACCAUGUCAUCGCCAACCCGGCCGCGCACACGGCGGAGAUCCGCACCGUGUCCGGAGACAUCCGCGUCCCGUCGCCCAAGAAGCGGCCGGUGCAGCUUUACGCGGCGCUCUUCGACUUCGAGGCCCGCAGCGACGACGAGCUGACGGUGCGGGAGGGCGACAAGCUGUCGGUGAUCGAGAAGCGGGGCGAGUACGUGCUGGCCAAGAAGCUGACCGGGUCCCUGGAGUCCGGACUGAUCCCGGCCAACUACGUGGCUCUGCUGCAGGACGAGUUCGCCAAACACAAGUGGUAUUACGGGAAUAUAAACCGGGUGAAGGCUGAGAAGCUUCUUCUCGCUUCCCAAAACAAAGAUGGCUCCUUCCUGGUUCGCAUCAGUGAGAGUCACAGUGACGAGUACACAAUCUCUGCCCGCAGUGAGGGGAAGGUGUAUCACUUCAGGAUCCAGCGCUCGUCCAUUGGCGCCUACUUCGUGUCGGAUAAGAUCUCCUUCGCGACGCUUGGCGAGCUGGUCUCAUACUACCAGAAGAACCCGCGGAGCCUUGGGGUGGUUCUGGAGGAGCCCUGCGCCCAGCAGCGGGAGCUGUUCGACAUGGAGCCGUGGGAGAGACCUCGAGAGGAGUUCAGACUCCACAAGAAACUUGGAGAGGGACACUUCGGAGAGGUGUGGGAGGCUCUGUGGACCACGGAGAACAAGAAGGUGGCCAUAAAGACGCUGAAGCAAGAGGACACGAAGCAGGACGAGUUUGUGAAGGAGGUUCAGGCGUUGAAGAGCCUCCACCACCCGAAGCUGAUCCAGCUGUUAGCCAUGUGCUCCAGAGGAGAGCCGGUCUACAUCGUCACCGAGCUCAUGAGCAAAGGAAGCCUCAAGUCCUACCUCGCCUCCGCUGAGGGCCAGGUGCUGACAUCAGCUCAUCUGAUCUACAUGGGCAGUCAGAUCGCAGAGGGCAUGGCCUACCUGGAGGACAGAAACAUCGUCCACAGAGACCUGGCUGCCAGGAACGUCCUGGUGGGAGACGACCUGGUCUGCAAGGUGGCCGACUUCGGACUGGCUCGGAUCAUUAAGGACAGUGUGUACACAGCCAGUCGAAGCACAAAGAUCCCGGUGAGGUGGACGGCUCCCGAAGCAGCAAUUCACCAGCGUUUCUCCGUAAAAUCAGACGUGUGGUCGUUCGGCGUGCUGCUGUAUGAGAUGAUGUCACGCGGCAAGAUGCCCUAUGAAGGAAAAAGCAACAAGGAAGUAUUGGACCUGCUGUCGUCUGGGUUUCGGCUGCCCUGUCCAACCCGCUGUCCUCAGAAUAUUUACCGCAUCAUGAUGGACUGCUGGGCCGCUGAGCCCUCCAAGAGACCCUCCUUUCACGCCCUGCACAGCCAGCUGGAUACGAUAUAUGCCAGGAUAUAUUUCAAGACUAUAGAGGUUUAGAAAGCGGGACACGAGGAGGAAGAAGAGGAUGACGAGAGGGCUUUGAACACUGCGGGAGAAAAUCACCUGCUGAAAGGAAAGAGAGGAAGGAGAAUGAGAAACGACGAGGACUAUUCUCGCCGCCUUUUCAAUCCACAUCCAAAACAGGGUAUAAGUACUUUAAAAACAACGAGGUGUGAAAGGACGGAGGGAGCAUCGGGAGCAGGAGGGAAAUGUUCAGAUGAUGCUCGCCAAAUCAGAGACAAAUGAGGAACCCUUCGUUUCUUAGGCUUAAAGACAGCGGACAAAGUGACUGAAAUCAGCCUGAGGACGGUGUGUAAAUACACUCCUACUCCUAAAAACGUCACACGUAAACCCCCAGCACAUUCACAGAACCAACUGUUUUUAAUUUUAUACCCUUUUGUGUUUUAUAACUGAUAUUUUAUUACUUCUGUAUGUGCCAUGUCUGUGUAUGCACACUUUGAAAUGUUAUGAAAUCACAGGUCAGGACUUGAAAUGAAUCACCUGUCCUCUGAGUGUGAGGCCAGGGCUAAAAAUUGAGGUAAUGUGCAAUAAUAGAGUGCUUGUUGGAGUUUGAGCCACGCUAGCAUCCUGCUGCCAGACAUGCUCAGCAGUAUAACUGCGUCUGAUCAGCUCCAGUGAAAAUAUAUUAAUAUAUUCCAUCCUGUGAUCGAUACCACAGACAGCAGCCAAAUUUAUAAACCCUAAUCAAUCAUCCAGAACAUCAAAGUGGAGCUCAGAGUUCAGUUUACUCAGCUCGAACUGAGUCUGAUCAUCCGAAUCUGAGACAUCCUGAAGCGGUCACUGUUCAGAGGAUUACCCACUUAUCUGACCGGAUGAUUUUACCCUCCAGCGACACUCUCAUAGUAUUAGAUGUGAGGAUCUGAACUGGUACCAUCCGUCCUGAAUGAUCCAAUCCUGAAUGGACAGCUUUAAGUCUGUCGGUUUAGUCCAUGUGUGUGACUCGACGUGUCUAAAUGAACACGUACAAUCACUCAGACAAACAAACAGACACAGUGUUUUCUGUUUGUUUUGUUUUUUUGGCAAAGAAAGACAGAACUUAAUAUCUAACAUUGGCCUAAAAAAGCGUUUUAAAGAAAGCUUUAUAAACUUCCCCUUACUCAACAACUCACAAAAUUGUUAGAUUUUUAAAGGGAGUCUGGGGACUUUCUCCACAGGCGACGAAAAAGUAGCCUGUAUCGUCAAAAUAAUGUCUUCUUUAAUAAAUGUAGGGUAAAUUGUGAAUUAGUUGAAAGUGUGUUCAAACAGCUGUAAGCAGGCUGGUGCAGUGACACCACGACAAACUGACUUUUCUCACAUUGAGAGAAAACAACUAAAUGUUUUGAAUUUAAUGCUGAAUUUACAAGAAGGCCCUAAAAGAUUUAGAAUUCACCAAAGGUAAAUCACAAAGUAUUACGUUUCUCCUCCUCACUCAACAACUCUUAAAAUCAUGUUAUUUGUGAAGGGAGUCUGGUGAUAUUGCAGUUACGAGUUCAGUGUUUAGACACAUGUUGUCGGACUGGUUUUAAAAUGCGUCCUCACGCCUGAACUUGAGCUGUCCACUUGUGAUUGGAUCAAUCGGGACCGAUACCACAUGUCAGCACGACCAAAAUCAAAGUUUCCACCCACCGGUUUCUGUUUUUUCGAGCCCGGCUUCUAGCGUGGCUUCAAACUGAUGCUCUUGUUAUAAACCACAAGCAUUAAGUAUUUUAUUGAGCCCGUCCUCCGUGACUGGAACAUGAGAAGGUUUUGGCGAGAUGACACCUGGAUACAAAAGUGUCUCCAGAAUAGUAUGGGAACUGUUUUUACCCUCCUGUGAUGCAUUUUUUGGGGGUCUGACUCUGUGCAGUGGGUCCACAGAACCAUGUGUACAGGCCUUAAAUUAUUAAACCUCACAUUAAUGGCCAGUUCCAACUAGAGUGCCUAUGUUUACACUUCAGACUCAGUCCACUCACUUACACUCCAGAAAAACAUGGACUGGAACGACCUGCACACUGAAUCAGCCAUAUCCAGAACAGAAGACUCUUUUGGGGGGGAAUUUCUGCACCACAAAAUUGUACUACCAUGAUGCAAUGCAAUGCAAUUUGAGAACAAUGCAACGUCCGUGUUUUUAUGCAUGACAUUUACAGCAGACAAAGCCAAGUUCAGGAAACGUUAGCCAUAGUCACCGAAUCACACGACGGGAGUUUUCUGUUUUUAGGCUGCUUGCCAUCAGGUACCGAAACACCAGUAGUGCAAAGAAUAAAGUAUUUUAAGUAUU